GUUCUAAUGAACUUGUGUUUCAUUCAGUUCAAAUUUGUAUCACAGCACUGAUUAUUCAGACAAAUUGGUACACAUUUGCUAGGGGGAAUAACAGUUAAACAGUUCAGCUAAGCUGUUGAGUUUAGGUUUUUGAAUGUACAUAUAAUGUUACUGUUCUGUGAGAGAAACAGAGUUGUAAUGGUUGUUGCUGCAUUCAGCCACAGGGUGGCAAUACAGGCAAAUACAUAACUGAAGGCAGACUUUUUCAUAUGCAAAACAAUUCAAGGAGAGUUGGGGGUAGAAUUGAUCUUGAGGGAGAUAGCUAACCUUUGUAUGAAAAGAUGAUGCUCCGUGCACCACUCUAAUUAGCAGGAAAAAAUUAAUUUCUAUAUCAAUCAAAGUCUUUAUAUUUGCAUCACAAUUUGAAAAAGAAAGAAGAGAGAGAGGUGUGAGCCAUGGAAAACUGCUUCAGGAGCAAGGAAGGUCUGUGUUUUUUACUAUUCCUUUAUGUUACCGAUGUACUGUGUGUCUCAAUUCAUUAUUCUGUGCCCGAAGAGAAGAAAACUGGCUCUCUUGUGGCUAACGUCUUGAAGGAUUUAAAACUGGGAGUUGGGGAGCUCUCUGCUCGCAGAGCCCAGCUGGUGUCCAAAAGCUCUAAGCAAUAUUUCCACCUUGAUAUCCAUUCUGGGAAUCUGCUCAUAAGUGACAAAAUAGACAGAGAGACUUUAUGUGGACAGACUGAACCUUGUUUACUUGUCUCUCAAAUUGUGCUCCAAAGUCCUCUGAAGAUCUAUAGUAUUGAAAUAAAGAUAGAGGAUGUUAAUGACAAUGCUCCGAAAUUCUCAAAAAAUGAUUUCCAGUUUGAAAUUCCUGAACAUCUUCCCCCAAAUACACGAUUCCCCUUGGAAUCUGCCCAAGAUGAGGACCUAGGAGAAAACAGUAUCCAAAACUACACACUCAGUCCCAAUGAAUAUUUCCAACUGGGUGUGGAAAGCAACACUGAUGGAAGCCAAUAUGUGACUCUCAUCCUGGAGAAAGCACUGGACAGAGAGAAAGAGUCACAUUUGGGGCUGACACUUACAGCUGUUGAUGGAGGAGUACCCCAAAGGACAGGCACAAUUCAAAUAAAUGUCAAUGUUCUGGACAAUAAUGAUAACUUUCCAGAAUUUACUCAAUCUGAGUACAAGGCAAUAUUGAAGGAAAACUGUCCGAGGGAUACUUUGGUGUCUAAAGUAGAAGCCAGAGAUUUGGAUUUUGGAUCAAAUGCUCAGAUCACCUACUCUUUCCAUCGAAUGCCUGAAAAAAUACAUAAUCUGUUUCAUUUGAAUGAAGUGACUGGAGAAAUCACUGUUUUGGGAGAAAUAGAUUAUGAAAAAGAAACCAAUUAUGAAAUGACUAUUAAAGCUACAGAUACAGGUGGUCUUUUUGGGCACUGCAAGGUACUGGUGGAGAUUGAAGAUAUGAAUGAUAAUGCCCCAGAAGUUUCAGUUAUAUCAAUCAACAGCCCUUUGCCUGAGGAUUCUCCACUUGAGACACUUGUUGUGCUGUUUAGUGUUGAAGAUCAAGACUCAGGGGACAAUGGUCAAACUCUUUGCACUGUUGACAUGAAUCUGCCUUUUGUAUUAAAAGUUACUACAAAUAGCUUUUAUCAACUUCUGAUCCAAAGUUCCCUGGACAGAGAGAAAAUUUCAGAGUACAAUGUAACUAUCACAGCAAUAGAUCGUGGAUCUCCUAGGCUCACCUCAACAAGAAUUAUCCAUGUGCAGAUCUCAGAUGUCAAUGACAACCCUCCAGUAUUUGACAAGUCUUUGUUUGAAAUGCUGGUAGUAGAAAAUAAUAUUCCAGGACUACUAAUUGGCUCAAUUAAGGCUGUUGAUCUGGAUACUGAGCAGAAUGCCAAACUGACCUACUCCCUUUUACCUGGGAACAUUGGUGGUGAUCCCAUGGUCUCUUACAUCUCCAUCAACUCUGAAACAGGAAACAUGUAUGUCCUUCAAUCUCUAGACUAUGAAAAAAUUAAAGAUUUCAAAGUCAUAGUAAAGGUGACCGACAGCGGAUCUCCUCCUCUGAGCUCAGAUGUUGUUGUUCAUGUCAUAAUCACUGAUGAAAACGACAAUGCUCCCUUCUUCCUGUAUCCUCUUCAGAACAGCACAUUCUCCUGCAAUGAACUUCUUCCCAAGAUGGCAGAGGCCGGUUACCUGAUCACCAAAGUGGUGGCUGUGGAUGGAGAUUCUGGUCAGAACUCUUGGCUCUCCUAUGAACUCCUGAAGGCCACAGACCCUGGCCUUUUCAGCAUAGGAACUCAGAAUGGAGAAGUGAAAACCAGAAGACCACUGACUGAGAGAGACACCAACAAACAGAGGCUUGUUGUUGCAGUGAGAGACAAUGGUGUCCCUCCUCAGACUAGUACUGCAAUGCUCAAUAUUCUUCUGGUGGAUGGCUUUUCCGAUCCUUACUUGAAGGUGGUGGAUGUCCGUCAACAGGACCCUGAAGAUGAGGGAACCUUGACCAUGUAUUUGGUGAUCUGCCUCGCAUCUGUCUCUUUUGUGUUUCUACUUUGCAUUGUUUCCUUUGUUGGGAUCAAGAUGUGCAAGAAAGACCAUGGAAGCAGUUUUAUUGUUGCUCCUCCUCACUUUCCACCUGCUAUUCCAGAGAACUGUACAGAUUCUCAGAGUGGAUCACUUUCCAGGAAUUAUCAGUAUGAUUUGUGUUUAACCAAUGGAUCCUUAAGCAGUGAGUUCAGAUUUCUCCGACCUCUCAUUCCUGUUUUUUCUGUGGCGGAUCCAAAUUUAGCUGCGAACCACAAUAGCUCUUCUGUUUCCCAAGACCUUCCUGAGUGUUCGGAUGACACUAAACCAGGAGAACAGGUGAGAGAUUAGUGUCAUGGGAUUGCAUUCUCCUUGGUCAUUGCUCAUAAUCAAUAUUAUUGUUUCUUAUUUAUCCUGUCAAUGAAAUAUACUGUGGCUAGAGAUAUAGUUUUGUCAUAUUCUAUCUGUUCAUGUCAAAUAGUUGUAAUAAGUUGAGAAUCAGUUUCUCUGCUGAAUCUCUCUCAGCGUUUCUUGUUCUUCCUCAGUGCAACUUGUACUCCCUCAUUGGCCUUCCCAACCUUCGUUGCUAGUCCAUCAUUUUGUCAGUG